AUGCCGGAACCAAUAUCACUAGCAGAAAUACAAUUCCCAGCUGCAUCCCAGAAUAUAUCCCAUCUGCUCUCGGACCUCCGGAGAUCGGCUCUGUCAAUUACAAAUAGACUAAGGUCUAUGGAGACAGACUCUAUAUUUGUCCAAGAGAUAUCAGACUACUAUGGUUUACCCCUCGUUGCCAACGAGCGAUGUGGGAGCUGGUAUAUCCCGCCAGACAAGAAGGUCGGCAGUUCCUAUUUUAAAAGCACAGAUGGCCACAUGGGACAGUGGGACUUUAGCCUGAGACGGCUGAACAUGCAGGUUUUGGAUAUUUUGAAGAAAUAUGGAGGUUGUGUGAUAGUUGAUUCGACGAGAAGGGGUAAAACGAUGCCGGAUGCCAUGGGGAAAACAAUACCAAUCUGGUGCGCGGUCAUGAAUAGAACGCUGUUUCCUGACAAACCUGCCUACCACGCAGUUCAGUUUGCACCGGCAUACCUUGGAGAAUCAGAAGAGUCACAAAUUGAAAGCAAAAUAGACGGUUUCAGAGAAUCAUUUAGAACAUUAAACUUGGACAUGGAAAAAUUAAAAGAAAGAUUGGGAAAACCCAUCCGCCUGGUCUGGGCUACCAGGGACUUUUUCUCAGAUAGCGACGAGCAUGACGAUUCACAUUUACUCGUGCUCUGCUCGGCGUCAAGAUGCGUUCGUGGUGCCGAGAUGUCAGAGGGCGGAUAUAUCCAGGGUGCAGGUGACGAUAGUGAGGGAUGGUCCCACGGCCUCACACCUCCCGUAUUUUGGAAAUAUAAAGAUCAACUCAUGGCAGCUGGAGAAUCAGAGCUUCCUGGCCUUAUUCAAGAGCUGAUUGAAAAGGAAUGUAAGCUGCCAUCGACCAAUGGGCGGUUUCUGAUAAGUCCCACCAGGAACAUAUAUAUCGGUAAACGGAGUGGUGUCGGCGAUGAUGCGUCAUCUUUUGAUCUGGUCAUAGAUUGUGCUGGAAGCGUUGAUUCCAGUCAGUCGGGAUCACAAUCAACGAAAUGGUUGAAUCUUGGCUGUCCCGCAGGGAAGUUGGGAAGUCGGCAGCUUAGAAAGGUUCUUGCAAGUGCUGAAAGCUUUGUGUCCCGCCAUUUAACUGAUGAUCCCUCUCUUUCCCUCCUCAUAAUGUGUUCGGAUGGUAAAGAUAUUUCUGUCGGAACGGCGUUGAUGGUUCUUUGCUCCCUCUUCGAUGAUCAAGGAGCUUAUUGUGGGCCCAGUGACAAGGUUGCAAUAAACAAGCAAUUUAUUCGGCAACGUCUGGCAUGGAUAGUCAUGUCGAAGGAAGACAUUAAUCCAUCUAGGUCGACCCUUCAAUCAAUCAAUUCUUAUCUUAUAGAUAAGGAAUAG